AUGUCGUGGCCACCUCUCCAGGAACGUUUGCUAUCUCUACUCGAACCAGGAUAUCUCCUCUUCGCAAGCGCAUACGCUUUCAUCACCACGGCAUUCAAGUUCUACAUCUUGGGUUUCAAUGUUCCCACGAGGUCAAACUUCAAGAAUGUCCGCGAUGACGCCUUUUCUGACUUCUGGACCAAAGUCACCGCCCCGGUUGAAAACCCACCCCCUCUAAAAGGAUCAGCGACACUGGUUCCCCCGCUCUUGCGCCGCGCCCAUGGUGUCGUUCUAGAUAUUGGACCCGGCUCCGGCACUCACGUGGGAUUGUUCUCCAACAACGCCAACAUCAGCGCCAUCUACGGAGCGGAGCCCACGAAAGGACUACACAAACCGCUCCAGCUCCGCAUCGACGAAGCCAGACUUACGGACAAAUACCACAUUCUGAGCUCCACGGCAGACAAGGCCGAGCUGUUACCGGCCCUUGCAAAGGCAGGGGUUCAAGUCUCGCCAAAGGGCAUCUUCGACACGAUUGUCUGCGUGCGGGUCCUGUGCUCGGUGCCGAAUCUCGAGGAGACGAUUCGCGAUUUCCACUCCCUUCUGCGCCCGGGCGGCGAGCUCAUGGUCGUCGAACAUAUCAGGAAUCCGUGGACGACGACGGGCAGCCUCUCGGGCCGUCUGAUGCAGAUCGUCUACCAUUUCUUGGGGUGGACGUUCUUUCUUGCUGGCUGUCAGAUGAACCGCGAUACGCCGGCGGUGCUGAGGAGAGCGGCACCCUGGGAGGCGGUUGAGUUGAAGACGCAUUUCGAGUGGACCGCAUUGCCAUACUUGGCCGGUACAUUGACGAAGAAACGGUGA